AUGGUAUGGCUCCCAGGGAUAAACGACCUCAACCGCGACAAGAACAACACCAACAAUGACAAAGACCCUAACAAUGACCUUUUUCAAGAUUUAAAGACGCGUUUAGACUCGUUACCUACCUCUGCCAUCGCCAUUGCUUCGUUUGCGACUGGUGCAGUAACAGCAGUAUUCAUCACAACGUUCCAUGUACGCUACGGGAGGCGUCUAAAGAACGGCGAAUGGAUUACGCCUGACUUCCUCGGUAGGAAUAGUUGGAUUAAGGGUGUUGUGACUUCUGUAGGAGACGCUGAUAACUUUCGAUUAUACCACACACCCGCCCUGGGCGGUUAUACCUGGCCGUUCAAGUUCAGGACGAUACCCAGUCUAUCAAAAGAUUUAAAGGACCAAACCCUUCAUAUUCGUUUAGCGGGAGUUGAUGCCCCGGAGGCAGCCCAUUUUGGUAAACCAGCCCAGCCAUAUGCUGCUGAGAGUUUAGCAUGGCUGCGGGAGACACUUCUAGGCAAAAAGGUCUAUUGUCAGCUAAUUCGACGAGAUCAGUAUUCGCGUAUCGUUGCACAUGUCCACCUCCGUCCUCGAAUACUUCCUAGUUCGCUCUUUCGGGGGAGGAAUGUGUCCCUGGAACUGUUAAAGGCGGGGUGGGGCACUAUAUACGAGCAGGCUGGCGCUGAAUAUGCAAAAGGGAGGAAAGACGAAUAUAUUCGCAUUGAAGCUGAAGCCAAGUUUGUGACUAAAAUUAUAAAUAGCCUUUUGCCCAUCAUUUUGAACAGGGCCGCAAGACGAGGGAUUUGGAAGCAUGGGAAGUCGGCCGAGACUCCAGCAGAGUACAAGCGAAGAUAUGCAGGGUAG